AUGUUCGCACCGCUGAAGUGGAAUACCCUACAGAUGCUUGUGGUCCAAUUAGUAUCCUGCCAGUCCAUGCCAGCCACAGCGCUUGCGUGCUGUAUCAACUCCUAUCUCAUUCCAAGGGUAAAAGAAAAAUUUUUGCCGUCGCUCCAAAUCCCAGCUCAAUAUAUGUAUAUAUGUGCAUUCGCAAAAGAAAUCGGGUAUAAAGUUCGAUCGGGUGAAGCGCUGGCCGCACUGCUCGCAGGCUUGGUCCUGGUAACGGCAGAGGGCGUGGGCGAGGGACGGCUGCUGCUAGACUCAGAUGGAGAGGAGCGAUCGGUUGGGGUUGAUACGCCGGACGGCGGGUGCGACGAGUCUUGGAACGGAUUGCAGUCGGUUGUGAAAUUAUGGGCGCAUGGAAAAGCUGUGGAAGCCGCUGGUAACACUGGAGCCCCAAAAGUGUCGGCUGGCGGUACCCAACCUGGGGGAUCAAAUUGGCUAUCUGGAAUUUGUGGGAUAUAG